AUGUUGUUUUCAUCCCUCUUCAUUCUCAGUGGACUGUUUGGUGUCAACGCAGCUGCCCUAGAAGAAAGAGCAACUGGUGGUUAUAUUCAGAACCCCUCUGGCGCAGCCUCCUUCACCCACUACUCUGGAUGUGGUAGCCCCGCUUGCGGCAAGACAGGCAGUGGCUUCACAGCUGCAAUGAAUCAAUUGGCUUUUGGAUCUGCUCCUGGAUCUGGAGCAGGAGAUGCUUGCGGACGGUGCUUCGCAAUUACAGGACAGUCAGACCCAUUCUCUCCUCAAUUCACUGGACCAUUCCACACCAUCGUCGUCAAAGUAACCGAUCUUUGUCCAGUUCAAGGAAAUCAGGAGUGGUGCGGUCAGACGACAUCGAACCAAAAUAACCAGCACGGAAAGCCAUUCCACUUCGACAUCUGUGAGGAUACUGGAGGAGCAAAUGCUUUCUUCCCAAGCGGGCACGGUGCUCUAACUGGGACUUUCACUGAGGUGUCGUGUAGCCAGUGGUCUGGUUCUGACGGCGGGUCCCAGUUCAACGGAGCAUGCCUCUCUGGAGAGUCAGCAGGAAACUGGCCAUCUGUAGGUUGCGGAAAUAAAGGUACUGCCCCCUCCUAA